AUGCCGCACGCUAUCGAUGAAUUCGAGCUUCAGGACCAGGCCGAUGAUGCCGAAAUUGCGCGCCUUCUCAACGAUGAAAAUCCGAGUAACAACAACUUGAACUUCGACCGCGAUCUGGAAGUAGGCGAGAAGGCCGACGACGCCAUCGAUUUCGAAGACAUCAGCGACGAUGAUUUGCCCGAAGACGAGACAGAUGUCAAACCAAAGGUUGAGAGCUCGCCCGCCGAUGGUCUUGUGACACAGCUUGAUGCGCCGAUUGAGCAAGACGAGAAUCAUGAUGAUCUUUUCGGCUUCGAAGACGACUUGUUCGGAGACGACAAUGAUGGCGAUCAAGAUGCGAAACCCGAUGUUUCCCAACCAUCCGACCAGACACACCAACAUGACUUCGCCAACCCGCCUCCGUCUAUCAGCCACAGCGGUUUGGCUCUNCCCUCCAAAUCUGCCAUCGCUCUGCCAGGNGCUUACACAUCUCUCGCUCUGCCCCAAAUGUCGGACGAUCUGAUCGAAGACGAGCAAAUGGCAGAUGCAGAGGUUAUUGAGGAGCAGGAUGACGAAGAAGACGAGGACUGGUUACGGCANAAGGCUCUCUUUGCUGCCAUGGAGCAAGAAAGAGUUGAGCGAAGCAAGAGAGGAGGAUCUUAUGAACCGCCAACUGCUCCCGAAACAGAAAUGGAGGUCUUCUAUUCUAUCUGGCCAUCAUACGACCCAGAAGAGCGCCCACGCUUCACCGAGCUGUUUCCUCCUAGACGAGGUAUCUAUGGCUGGAAGACUCCUAUCAAGCCUCCCAAGCCCGUACAACCAACAAAACUCAGUCUCGAUCUUCAACACGAUCAUGAGAAAGGUUUCAGGCUCCUGGGUGCUGCUACCAUGGGUAAACAUGCCAGAGAAGGGGGCGGCGAACAAUCGGGUGUCGUUCGCGUCGAGGACACUUCCAAGAAGCAAGAAGAUACCGAAGAUGUCGUCGACCUAGAUGAGAUUGAUCCGAACGAGCGAAUCGGUGGUGUCUCGUGGCAAGACCUGACAGUGCUCUGUGAGGACUGGGACAUGGCAAGUGCUGCAUCAUCGCCCGGCCACUACUCGGUUGUAGACAGCGGUGUCGACAUGGGAAGAGACUCGCACUCACCCCCAGCAGCUAAGCGCAAGAUUCCUGGGUUUGACUUGGAAGAGCCAACCGCGAAGAAGCUCAAGGUUGUUGGGUUUGAUCUCAAGGCUGCAGUCGCCAUAUCGCACACAUAUCCUUCUCUUGACGAACCAGAGCGUGCAACUGCACACAUUGCUAAGCGAGUCACACUCGACAUGAACGAUCCCGGUCUUUUGUUAGACGAGAAUGCUCCCACGACUCAGCCUAAGAGACUGCGUCAUGUGCCUGGCGACAUGCGUCGGGAGACCAGGACUGCCAUGGCUCGUGACAUGACCAAGAGAUACAAUAUAUCCAACGACGAAGCUUACGAACUUCUCAAAGAGAAUCACCAGCACAAGGUUCGCAGCACACUCGGCAGUAUGGCCGUCGAGCAUAGUUUGCCCGCGACCAAGCUGCAAUUCNNCCCCUUCUACAGAGUCAGUUUGGAUGACAAGCAGAAACGCGCAUUCCACCGUCCUGUGUUCUCUAGCGAGAGGCCCAACAGAACCAUCGUAUUCAGCAAACCCAAAAAGCUCAAGAGGAAAGAGAUGCGUGGCAAGGAUGUCGCAACUCUCUUUGCAAAGUCCGAAGACUUAUCUAUGGCUGACAACUCGAGUGCACUGCUCCUUGAAUAUUCGGAAGAACAUCCCGUUAUGCUCUCCAAUUUUGGUAUGGGCAAUCGUCUCAUCAACUAUUACAGAAGAAAAGAUGCCGAAGACUCUUCCAGACCCAAGGAGGAGAUUGGCGAAACCCAAGUUCUCUUACCUCAAGAUCGUAGUCCAUUCGCGAACUUCGGCCAAGUCGAUCCUGGAGAAAUGGUGCCUACCAUACACAACGGUCUUUACAGGGCGCCUGUCUUUCGUCACGAGGGAAAAUCGACCGACUUCCUGGUCAUCUGUAACGAGACACACAAGAACGGCAAGAAGUAUUACAUGCGUAACGUAGAGAAUUUAUAUGCUGUUGGUCAGCAAUUCCCAUCAGUGGAAGUCCCUGGCGAGCACUCCAGAAAGGUCACAGAUGCCGCUAAACGUCGUCUACGCGCAAUAUCCUACCGUGUGUUCAAGAAGAGCAUCGACCCGGCUAUCAGGGGCCAGCCUCUCACCAACGAAGUCGUUAAAGCUCAUCUACCUGGCAGUGACGUUGCACAAAACCGUGGCAAGAUGCGUGAGUUUAUGCAAUACGACAAGAACAAUCAGCUAUGGCAUCUCAAGGCGGGUGAUUCUGUCCCUGACUCGGAGACUCUUCGUGGUUGGAUCAAGCCAGAAGAUAUAUGUGUUCUUGACUCGAUGCAAGUCGGUGUGCAGUAUCUCAAGGAUCUGGGCCUCAAGAAAGAGGAUGACGAAAACGAGGAAGACGAUGCUAAAGAAGGCACAAACGUUGAGCUCAAACUUGCGCCAUGGAACACAACCAAAAACUUCCUCAAUGCUUGCCAAGGCAAAGCUAUGCUUCAGUUGCAUGGCGAAGGCGACCCAUCUGGCAGAGGUGAAGCAUUCAGUUUCAUCAAGACUUCAAUGAAAGGCGGAUUUAGAGCACAAGGCGAGAGUAUCGAAGAACGACUUGAUGCCAAACGACUCAAAGAGAAUGGAGGCCACAGCUACAACGUAGCCAAGCAGCAAAGAGCCUACGAUGAAUCCAUUCGUCGUAUAUGGAGGUCCCAGCAUGAUAGUCUUUCAUCACACAUGGAGAAUUCGGAGGGUGAAGCUGACGUUGACGAUGAGCCUGAACCAGCCCAAAGUUUCAGAGCCGGCACACCCCGAUCCUCCAUGGGAACGUCUGUCUAUGGCAACAACAGACGUGACGACGAGUCUGCAAGUCAGUUCAGUCGCAACAGUAUGAGUCAGAACAACAAGUUCAUGACGAUCAAGAGAAGCGUGCGCGACAAGUAUGGCAACGUGGAAGAGCAAACGGAAACCAUCACCAAUCCAAGGGUGAUUGCAGCCUACAAGAAGCGCAAACUGCUGGCACGAAGCCAAGCAAUCGAGUACGUUUUGUCAAGCUUGCAAGUGGCGCCAGGGAUCUCGGUUUGCCUGAAAUCCCUCGAACACCCCUUGCAGCAAACCCAUGGGUUCUUAUUUGUGAUGAUUUGCACACCUGCUGACAUGUUUUCACAGNNCAUCAUGAACACCAAAGCGACUGGCGACGAAGACUUCGACGCGCUUCAAAAGCAACUGUAUCGUACCCCGAGUUAUCUUUUUACAAAAUUCGCUAACGAGAUUACACAGNNUAUGCAGGCAGAAAUCGAGCGUCUCGAACGCAACAUGGGCCGCAGACAGGCUCGCGAACGUGCAAAGGGUAUUGGCAGUGCCGCCUCGCCUUCUGCCGCAGCAUCUCCCGGAGGCGAUGGUGCUGACGGUGCCGACGCUGCGACUCCCGCACCGACCGGUAAAGGCAAGGGCCGAUCGAAGAAGAAUACCGAAGGCACAGCCCGCAAGUGUGCCAACUGUGGUCAAGUGGGCCAUAUCAAGACCAACAAAAAGUCAGCAAGUGAUCUCUUUUGCUCCGAUUCCUGCAAGAAAGAAGCGGCAAAGAAAAAGUCCUCGCUUUGCCCGAUGCUCAACGGUACGAUGAAGCAGGAAGAUAUGGCUGUGACAGGCUUUGGCGGCGGACCGGGCCCGGGUGCUGCUGGCGCAGGACCAGCCGGCGAGACCUCAUCGUUCGGUGCUCUACCUUUCUAG